AUGACAUAUCAGCGGCUUCGACAAAUAUGCAACAGUGAUUAUGUGGUUGGCAAUUUUACGGCGAUCACCCCUGGUGACCGUUGCAAUGAUGAAGUUGGAGAUUGUUGCUGCAAUUCUGUCGCAUUCGCAUUAAGCAUGCUCUGCAUGAAUUGCCAACUAGAUGCUGAUCCAAGCGGCAAUGCAGUUGGAAUUACCGCGGUUCCUGGUGACUAUGGUACUUAUCUCGGGGGAUGUUCUCCAAUCACAGAUCAAUCGCUUCCGUCAAUCGUCCAGCAAGCUGUGUGCAACGAAAAUAUCAAAAUCGAUAAUUUUCUGUACAAUAGAUCCUAUUGGAGUGAUGGAUCCUGGUUCUAUCGAUGGACAGUGGAAUAUGCACAAGAACAACAGAUAGCAAACAACAACAACACUUUCACGGUUUGCCCGAACCAAGUCUCACCUUCAGCAUCCCUUCCUACAUCGACAUCGGUCCCUACUACAACUCUCGCUGGCAUCGGUGCUGCCUCUGCAGUCCCGUCUAGCUCUGCAAAUUCUACAUCAUCCAGUGCGCAGGGAGCCAUCAUCGGUGGUGCAGUGGGUGGCGUCGCUUUUGCCAUAAUCGCAGUGCUCGGUGGAGUUUUCUAUUACAGGCGACACAAGAAGCCUCGCAUGAUCCAGGAUACGCCAUCCUCGUUUCUUGGUCAAUUCCCUGACAACCAGCUUGUCCUAUGGAGCGUCCUCCACGGAUACCGAACCAGUCUCAGUCCCGUUCGACGAUCUCAUGGGUAUAGAGAGUCUACUCUCCCGAUGACGCAUUCCUUGAGCCCUGAGCGGGGCCAAUCCUUAAACACAUCCACUGGCGCGUCAUAUCUUAUGAAUGACAGUGUGUCGGAAGCAGCACUUUACAGCCGAGAAGAUGAUGCUGGCACUUUGAUCCCUCCCGAUGAUGCACCUGCACAUAGGCUUCCGCCUGCGUAUCAUCCAUCUUGGGUGACCAGAAAUAGCGCCGCCACGCAACUCAGGCCCCUAGUGAAGGUCGUAUAG